CGUCGAAGCUGGAAAGCCAUUUCUACUGAGAGCCAAAAUGGCGACCUCGGCGUGUCAGUUUCCUCCCCCUUCGUUUCCGUAGCUGAACUGUAAGCCUCGCCCCGCCCACUCGCACACUAAAACGUGUUAUCUGUUUGCAGCAUGGCUUCAUCUGCCAAGAGGAGAGCGGUCGGACUGGGUGAAAAUCCAGAAGAAAAUGAGAACAGCUCUGAUGAGAAUCUGGAGGACGACGAUGAUGAAUCCGAGGAGGAGGACAGCGAGGCGUCGGAGGAGGAGAUUAACGAGGUAAAAGAGUAAACAAGACUUUGAAUGAGGAGUCAGUGCAUGGCCUUGCUAGUCAGCUAGCUAACCCAGCUGUCGAGUAGUAGCAACGGGAAACUAAAACUACAGACUGUGGCUGUUUACUCUGGUUAUCUUUAACUUCCCGUUCGAAGUUUUCACCAUUUAAUGAAACAGAGUAUUUUCUUUAAGAAGAAAGACAACAAAACCCAUCGAAAAGGAGUGAUUGCGAGUUAUAUUAAUUUAAUAUUGUACUGUCAUAGGGUUGGUGUCAGACUAGAUGAUUGAUAAUGUGCAACCAAAAACCCACUGAGUUACAGUAAAAUAUCGUACACAGUCAAAAAAUGCAUCAAAAAUUAUUUAUAUGAUUAAAAAGUUCUCUUUAGUUGGUGUAUUUUGUCAGAUUUGUGUUAUUGACAGCUGUUAUUAUUAUUUAUUCUUUUAAAUCCAGGAAGUGAUCGUGGACUUUGAAGCUCACACUAUUUCAGACAACGACCACAACGGUAUCAAGAAACUUUUACAACAGCUCUUUCUGAAGGCUCAUGUAAACACAUCAGAGAUGACAGACAUCAUCAUUCAGCAGAAUCACGUUGGAAGUGUCAUUAAAGUGAGUUAAACUAUCAGUUUAAUCCCAAUCUGAGAUUAUAUGGCCGAGUUUUUUUUAACCAUAACACGUUAUCUCUUAUUUAUCCCCUUUCCUUCAGCAAGCUGAGGUUCCUGAGGACAGUGAUGAUGACGAUCCAGAUGAAGUGUUCGGCUUUAUCACGAUGCUCAACCUUACAGAGAGGAAGGUAACAGCAGCUGCAAACACCAUUCUUAAUGGGAUAUUCCGGCAUAAAAUUAAUAGAGCUCAUGCAUAUGUGUAGUGGUUAUGUUACCUCCUAACUGUAGACAGGUAAAACUGUAAAUCUGACUUUAUACACGUAUGCGACAAUAAUUCCAGGGUGUUCAGUGUGUGGAGGAGGUGAAGGAGCUGAUCGUGGACCAGUGUGAGAAGAACUCUACCCACAGCGUGACAGAACAGCUGGAGCAGAUUCUCAGUGACACCAGUAAGCCUGUGGGGCUUCUGCUGAGCGAGCGCUUCAUCAACGUGCCUCCACAGAUCGCCCUCCCGCUGCACAAACAGCUCCAGUGAGUUUUACUCUUGUCUCUUUACAAUGUUUUCAACAUUCCCUGAAGAGAAAUAUGUGCUCCAGACUGCAUGGUUAAGGAUCUCCAACAAUAUGGGAAUGAAGGAUUCCCUGAUUCAUUAUUGACAUCUAGAGUAGCUUUCUAGAUGCAAAUUUUUCAGUUUAAGGGUACAACAUGUUCCCUUUUGUUUUGCAGUUAGCAUGUUGGACUGCGUGAGCAUUUUUCUGUCAAUCAGGGAUUUAGGCACAAUUUAGAUUAAACUUUCUUGAUCCCGGUUUGCUGUAUUGAGCUCAAUCUAGACCGUUUUCCGAGUCUUUUCUUACCUUUCCACUCGAACAGCUAGGAAGUUAAUCACUUUGGAUCCCUAAUUGCACAACAAGUCAUCAACAAGUUUUCUGUUUCUUUCUCUCUGUUUUGAAAAAGCAACAUCCCAAUUACAGUGUUAUCUUCUUUUUUAUGCUCUGGAGAGGAUAUUGUUUGUGAAAGAUUAAGAGAAUAAAAGGAACUACAGCAAGGGAGCAGACCUUUUAUUUUUACACCUAUUUGUCACACCUGAUGUUUCUUUCUGGUAGAGAAAAUGCUGUAGAUGUGGCAAGUACUUGCCUUUUGAAGAAGCAUCUUUUGUAUCUCAGAGGAAUAAACUGAUUAAAUAAAAAGCGUCCUUGUUUACAGACAAAAAGAAAAUGCCUUUUUUUAAAGUUUUCUGUGCAGGGAAGUUAUGUGAUGUUAUUCUGUCCUUCAGGGAUGAAAUAGCUGAAGCUCAGAGGACAAAUAAACCCAGUGGGAGAUGUCACUACUGUCUGAUGAUCAGCAAAACCUGCAAAGAGGCGAGCAAGAGCAUCCCAGCCAGAGGAGGAGCUCCCAAAGAGGAGUACAUGUUCGUCAACGCAGAGGAGGAAUUCUUUUACGAGGUAAAACCAAGAAAGUGCAAAUGGUAUUUGGAUUAUUUCGUAGGUGAGUUUCCUGUUUAUUGAAAUGUCUCUUUUCUCAUCACAGCAAGCCAUCAUCAAGUUCCAUUACUCGGUCCAGGAAGAAGCGGACUCCUGUUUGAGCGGGAGGUGGUCUUUCGAUGAUGUACCCAUGAAACCUUUCAGGACAGUGAUGCUGGUACCAGCAGACAAGAUGCCGGCAAUUAUGGACAAACUCAAAGAAUACCUGACUGUGUGAGGUUCACAAUAAACUAGGACUGCAGAAGUGACAACGCUUGGAAAUGGUUCAGUAUACUGUAAAAAGACCCGCAAAGAAACAUUUUUAUAAAAGAUCAUGCAAAUUUGAGUAUAAAAAAAUACUCAAACCCUUUUUUUUUAAUGAGUUACAAGGAUUAUGACUUUAUAACAGAUUAUAAAAAACCUGCAUUAAUGUAAACAGUCACAUUUUUUAUUAAUGGUACAACUCUAAAAACGGAUUAAACAGGUAGAACAUCUGUAUUUUUCCUGAGGACAGAGCUUAGUAAAAAAAAAAAAAAGAUCUCUUAUUUUUAACUAACUGAAUAGAAUACCAGGCUCCAUUUUUUCUAUUAUAUUUUAAUAAUGGCCACUGAUUGUCUUGCAGUAUGCCAGUUUGUCAUUUCCCAGUCAUAAUAUUUCAAGUUAAUAAUAACAAACUAUACCAGGAGGACUUUUCACAAGCAACAGAUAAAAGAAGUCGGUGAAAAAUGACUUUUUUCGCUGAGUCCUCUACAUCUGUUUUUUCUGCUCUUGGGUAAAGCCUGUGUGACUUUUUUUUUUCUCAUCCUUUUUGUAAGUUUAUCAACAGACAACAUCUGCGGCCCCUGUGCUGCUCAUUAAAGUCUGAAAAUCUAAACAGUCA